CCUAACCGGAGAUGUCGUCGUCAAAGUUACUCGCUUCCAAGAUGUUACUCACCAGAUGCGCUAUGGCCCACCACCACCCACGUCCAACAAUAACAGCAACUGGGGUUGCAGCAGCGAAUCGUUUUUUCAACACCCACGCUGUCCAGGAUGAAAAAAUCGAUGGCGGUGGUACUAAUAAUAAUAAAUCAUCAUCUUUCUUCUAUGAUGGGUUGAUUAAUCGAUUCUCAACAACUAGGAGGCUAAGCCGGUUUUACAAGAGGAGGUUUGAGCCAGUUCCGUCGAGUGUUAUGGUUCGGCCAAGGUGUUAUGAAACCAACGAAAGUCUCCAGGUUUUUAUUGACGUUCCUGGAAUGGCGGUUGAAAACAUGAAGAUCUCUGUUGAAAACAAUAAUGCGGUGUUGAUCGUAGGUGAAGGGGAUGACCACUUUGAAGCUAUACACAAGUUUAGAAAAUAUAUAUGCUAUAUUGAUUUACCAGAUGUCGAUUCACCCGAUAAGACCUACUCCACCCGUGGUAUCAAGGCAGAGAUGAAGUUCAAUAGUGGCCAAGUUGCUUUAACUAUCCCCAAGUUGAAACCGGAUGAAAUCGCCUUCAAUGUUAACAUCAAUCCUAUUAUUAUGUAAUAUAUGCAUGCUUGCCUUAAGCUUGGAGUAAAAUAAGUAUUAGUUAUUCGACGUUAAUUAAACUCAUCAUAUGUGUGCUUUAGGUCUACAUCUCUGUUUUAUCUUCAAUUCAUCCACAACUUUUGUUCUGGUUUUGAA